UAUGGCGCCCUGGGCGGCUGCCAUUGUCGCCCAUACCUAAAUCCUCAAAUGAUUUUGUAGUGUAUAAAUGCAUAUCUUAGCCAAACUUCGUCAUCUCUCCCAUGUCUUAUUCGACUAGUAUUUUUGAAAGUGUAAGGAUAAUAAUUCAGCCAUAGUAAUGACAUGUUUAUUGCUUGCUAACAUGUUACUCCGUCCUAUGUUUAAUAUAACACACAUACAUUCAUUCUUACUUUCGGAUGCCUAUCCUGACGUGAAGUUUGUUCUAUAGAAGGUAUUUGACUCUGAUGUGUGCCACAAAGUAUUUGACUCCAGCCACAAAAUAAAGGAAAUUAGAAGGGGGGUCUUACACUCAUAACAGGGGGGUUCUGGCAGGGCGAGAUUUUCGGCACAACACCUGUAUGUUACGUUAGUUGUCUACUUAUACAUCAAACUUGCCAGUAUAUUAACUAUAGGCUAUCUAACUACCCAACGUUUAUUGACUUAAUUAUUCCAUUCUUAGCUAAAUUUUAUUAUCGUUGUGCGUUCUCAAUGAACGUUGGGUGCUUUCGUAAAUUCGUUCUGGCUAUCUACUCCGAUUGUGUACCAGUCCAGAGCAAGAAUAAUGCAUUUACGAGCGCUCAACAGCGGUUGAAUAUGGUCGACAAAAAAGCGUCAUUAAAUUGUUGCCACCAACGCUCUGGACAACAUAAAAACUGCCUAACCAGCUCUGCUAUGGCGAGUAAAAUGGUCAGAGUGGUGUCACUCAUUUGUGUCUGGAAGUAGCUAGCCAACGUUAGCAUGGUGCUUGACUGCCGUUGUAAGGUCAGAACGCUCAAAUCCUACUCCUCGGGCCGAGCGUCCAGUGUGCGCUCCGACUUUUCAAACGGACAAUGACAACGCUCUGAAUUUACGAGUGGACUCUGACACUCCAGGUUGAAUUUAAGAACACACCCGAAGUCGUAAAAUGUCUAACUAGUAAUUUGUUACGCUAACUAGCUAGCAUGAGGUUGCAUAGCAACAACUUCCGGUAGACCGGCGAAGAGCUAGUACGCUCAACUGAAAGGAUACUGUUUCGUUUACAGUAUAUUAAAAUUAACUAAUAGUAUGUAGUAUAUACUCAUUAAAUAUGUAGAAUACAGUAUGCUAGUAUGGGUAUUCGAACACAGCUCCAGUGAUCAACCCCUGCAGCAUGUUUUGUAGUUGUCAUGGUAACAAUGUAUUAGUUCCGUCAACAAAAUCGCCGGAGAGACUCCUCGUCAAGGUCCAUGUGAAACAGUUGGGAAACUUGAUGGGAUGCAGGACAAAUAGAAGUAUCUGGCUGGGAAGAAGCUUGUUUUGUAUCCAAGUAUGUUGGCCAGUCAGACUAGAAAUAAACCACAAUGUCGCGAGUUUACGGGACCAACACCUCAUUCAGUGGCGGUGAGGGCGAGGUUCCCAUCAUCCAGGCCUCCAGACUACCUCAUCCUGGAGAGAAGGAAACAGGAGGAGGCCCGAGACAAGGUGUUGGAGUUCACCAAGUACCAGAACACCUGUGACCUUAAGACGCGCUGGGAGAAGAACUCUGACCGGCGCAUUGUGUUGGGAACCAUUGAGAGACGGGUCAAAGAUGCCAUUGGGCAGUAUCAGAUGACCAUCAAUGAGAGAAGGGAGAGACUGCAUGAUAUGUUGGAGGCAGAGGAGAAGGAACUGCUGAGAGAAAUGGAGACCAAGAAGGAAACAGUGCUGGAGAGACAAGCCAAGAUGCGAGAGAGAGCCAAGUUACUGCGAGAGAGGAGGGAGAGUGAAAGGCUAAGUGUGGUUGAAGACAAGCUUGAACAGCAAUUCAGAGAGCGGAGUGAGGAGCUCCGGGCUGAACAGACUCGACGCAGGCAGGACGAAAUUUGCACAGAGCGGGCUGCGCAGCUAUGUACGCGGCAGGUGACGCAGCGACAGAAUGAGGAGGAGGAGCAGCUCUUUGCUCAGCUGUGGGAGAGCGACCGGCGAGCCAAGGAGGAGCGGGAGGGCCAGGAUGCACAGAGGCAACGCCAGAGUAACUUGCAGCAGCUGGCCUACCUGCGUGUUCAGAUGGAGGCUGCCGAGCAGCAGAGAGAACAGGCCAAGCAGCUCAAAGAGGAAGAGGCCCUGCUACUGAGGGAGCAGAGAGAGAUGCUGCAUCUGGAGGAGCAGAGAGAGCGCCGUCAGAAGCUCCAGGGUCAGGAGAGCCGGCGCAGGCUACUCGACCACUCUCUGAGGCUGAAAAUGAAGCGCCAGGCCAGGGAGCAGCAGGACGAGCUGGCGCUGGACAUGAGCAUGCUCGAGCAUCUGCUGACGGAGGAGAGAGAUGAGAAACAGGGCAAGGUCACGAGGAAGCUUGAGCUGCGAGAGGAGCAGAGUAGGUACCAGCAGUACCUGGCCGAUCAGCUUGAGGAACAGAAGAGACAGGAGGUGGAGACAGAGCAGCUGAUCGAGGCAGAGCUAAAGCAGACCUGGGCCCGGAGGGCAGAGCAGUGUCACAAAGAGAAACACGCCAGGGAUAGGCUGAUGAAGGAUGUGAUGGACACACGCCGCCUGCAGAUCCAGGAGAAAUUGGAUUUGAACAAGCAGAAACAGGCUCAGCUGGCCGAGGAGAGAGACGAGCUAAACAAAACCAUACAGGAGAACAAACUGCUGGAUGAGAGAGAGAAAACUCGUCUGAGACAGGGCUGUCAGGAGUUCCAGGCAGACCUGCUGGCCCAGAUGAUGUACCAGCAGCAGUUGCAUGAUGAGGGGAGAUCUCAGACAGAGCAGGAGCACCAGCAAGGCCUGGUCUACCAGGAGCAGUACAACAGAAAGAUGCAGGAGAUCCUCUCCAGGCCUACCUCACACACCAGGGCUGUCCACCCUUUCAGGAGAACCUCUUCCACUAACCCACAGGGACAGUUUAGCUUGGAGUAACCUAGCAUGUGAAGUAAAGCAAAUGCAUUUAUGGCCUGGCUCGGCAGGGAACACAUACUUUCGUAAUUCAGACAACGUACAGAAACACUAAUCUCUAAAAAUUAUACACCCACACGAACACACGCCUAACCCUGUCUUACCUCACAAACAUACAUCUCCGGCAAGUGCUUUAUGUGUAAUCCUCUUAAGACAAAUCGGAAAUUAGCUGUCCCAAGUGUCUCAGAAAAUGGCUAAUGGAUAUUAAAUAAAAAUAAAAUAAAUGUAAUCAUAUUUUUGAGUUCAGAAAAUGUUUCCAUUUUGCUCCUUGGCAGAGUGCUGUAUUGCAUACAUUGAUGGAGGAUUUCACCAGGAACAAAGCUGUUCAUAUUUUGUUCAGUAGGUAGCGCUGAAAAUGUAUUUUUUCAGUUCAAUUUCAGGAACUCUUUUUGAGCAAAUUGUUGGUAUAUUAAAUGUACCUAUUUUAAGGAUAAGUCGAUUUUCAAUUGAAUAAUAUUACUGUGGAGGCGGAGGCCUGCCUGCAUACACAUGAAGAGAGUAGUGUCUUUGGAUUUCAUUGCACUGUAAUGUGAUGGCAAACAUAACAUUGUUGGGUAAUACAGGGAUAAAGUCUGAAAUACAUUAUGUGUCAUGAGCAUAAGUUGCUUUCUCUGGAUAUAGUUACAGCAAGUGAAGGCAGAGAAAGAUACAAGAAAAUCUAUCUUGUCGAGUGUGAAAGUGUGUGUGUGUGACAUUUAAAUUCAUGCAUCAUGUGCUAUAUAAAUCUACCAAGCAAAAAUGAGAUGUGCCUGUAUUUAGCAUGUUAAAUAAGGCAUGAUUUAGUGGUGUCAAAAAUAAGAAUUGGGCUAAAAGCUUAUUGUAUCACCCAACUCGACUAACUGGAUUUUAGUGCCAUACUGCCAUUAAGUCUAUUAUGCUUAGACUCAUCACAUGGCACAUACCUGUAGGUAGUUGAGCAGGUGAUAGGAAUUCAGUGGUUAGUCUGACUUGAGUUACCAGAACAGGUUGUUAGUGGCAUGUCAAAGCAUUGAGUCCUAUUAUCUCAGUGUCAUUCCCAAAGCAACCCAUGGUGUUAGCACCAACGUUGAGACCACCUGCUGUGGAAUGAGGCAUACACAACUCUCCAAACGGAUUGCUGUAGAAAAUAUUUCACAAGCACUAACUGAGUAAUGUCUAUCCUCUUUGUAACCGACUGUUUUAGGCCCAUUUCAUAAUAACACAAACCCUUUUCCUUACAAACCCUUUUACUUAUCAGUGCUAGUUAUCAAUACUACUGUAGUUCAAUGUGACCUUCAGUAGAAUGUAUACAUUACAAAUUGUAGAAUGUUGAAAAAUAAUUGUGUAUUCUUGUACAAGGCAUGGAGCAAAUAACACAUUACUAGUCAUUUUCCUUGUGACCUGUUCCAUC